AUGGGUGUCUUUUCCUUUCUCAAAAAGGUCUACACCCUCGACACACUCGACACGCGAUUCACCUCGUCCUCGUCGGUGCCGUACAAGACGGUCAUUGAGGCGCGCAACGACCCGGUCGCGCAGCGAGAAUCCGCCGCCAAGGCGCAGAGCCGCGCGCAGCCCUCGAAAUGGAACACACCCGAGUUUUACCUUUACUAUGCCGUGUUUAUAGUCGCGGUCCCUUAUAUGUUCUGGGUCGCCUAUGACGUCUCCCGGCCUUCCGAUCCCAGAUACCACAAGUUUGAAAAGUUCCUGUCCGACGGCUGGAUCCCCGGCCGGAAGAUUGACAUUUCCGAUGCGCAAUACAGCAUGUUCCGCGGCACGCUGCCGUACAUGGCUGCGCUGCUGACCUUUCACCCGCUCUUGCGCCAGGCUUGGAACGCCGUCAAGCCCAUCAAUUCCAAGAAACCUAUUAGCGCGGCGCGCAUGGAGCAGAGGGUCUCGUUUGACUACGCCUUCGCCUUUGUGUUCCUCUUUGCGCUGCACGGCGUGUCGGCCUUCAAGGUCUUUGGCAUCCUGUACAUCAACUACCAGCUGGCCACCAAGCUCCCCCGCCCCUACGUGCCCGCUGCGACUUGGAUGUUCAACAUUUGCACGCUCUUUGCCAACGAAAUUUUUGACGGCUACCCACUGCGCAAGGCGGCAGCGCUGCUUUCGCCGCCUGAGCUGGUGGGCGCCGAUCUUCACACAGUGGACUCGGCAUUGAUGGAAUGGGGUAAAUGGCUGGACAGCUUCGGCGGUGUCGUGGCGCGAUGGGAGGUCCUUUUCAACAUUACUGUCUUGCGCCUGAUUAGCUUCAACUUGGACUACUACUGGAGCCGCGACAAGAAUCAAGCUGGCAUUUUCGAGAAGAAGCAACUCGACCCGGCGAGCUUGUCUGAAAAGGACAGAAUCACGAUCCCCGCCGACGUCAACGACUACUCUUUCCGAAACUAUGUGGCCUACGCCAUUUAUGCGCCGCUCUACCUCACAGGCCCGAUCAUGACGUUCAACGACUAUAUCUCACAGGCUAAAUAUCGCCCAAGUAGCAUUGAGAAGCCACGGACGAUUCGCUAUGGCGUGCGCUUUGUGCUGGUCCUCCUAGCCAUGGAGCUUAUCCUGCACUACGACUAUGUGGGAGCCAUUAGCAAGGCCAGCCCCGUCUGGAGUGAUUACACCGCCGCACAGCUUAGUCUGCUGUCGUUUUUCAAUCUCCAUCUCAUCUGGCUCAAGCUUCUGCUGCCGUGGCGACUCUCGCGUCUAUGGGCGCUGGUCGACGGCAUGGACCCCCCCGAGAACAUGACGCGCUGCGUCAGCAACAACUACAGUACGCAGCAGUUUUGGCGCGCCUGGCACCGCUCGUAUAGCCGAUGGCUCGUCCGCUACCUCUUCGUGCCGCUCGGCGGCUCGUCGUUUCGCAACUGGCGGGCCAUUGCGCGGUCGAUUGUCACGUACAUUUGCGUCUUCACCUUUGUCGCGCUGUGGCACGACAUCCAGCUGCGGUUGCUGAUCUGGGGCUGGCUCGUUGUCCUGUUUAUGCUGCCGGAAUUUGCAGCAACGGCGCUCUUCCCCAAGAGGAAGUGGGAGAGCCGCCCUACGGAGUAUCGCAUGCUCUGUUGUUUCGGCGCAGUCUUUAAUGUGCUGAUGAUGAUUACGGCCAACCUGGUUGGCUUCGCCGUAGGCCUGGAUGGCCUAGAAAGCAUAGUAACGAGCAUCUUGCAUGACUGGUCUGGCUGCAUUUUCUUGGUGACUGCUUGCUCCGCACUUUUCGUUGGCAUACAAGUCAUGUUUGAGAUUCGUGAAUCUGAGAAGCGCCAGGGAGUAACGCUGAGAUGUUAG